CAGGCGUCGUGGCAGCAAGAGCUGGAGUAGGAUAUUCCUGUAGUCAGUCACCUCCAGGAAGGAGACACCCAGGAGUGACACGUCCCACGGUCAGCCAGUGAGUCAAACUCAUCCUUUGGUUGGUUGGUUGGUGCAAUCCGAGGCCAUGCUGCUGACCGUCCUCAAGCUCGUGGCCGGUGCCGGAGUCACCGUCGUGGUAGUCCCGGUUUUCUUCUGUCUUUCCUUCGGGUUCCAGUAUGCCAGGUCCGUGCUCCCUCCUGGGAUCGACCAGCCGUUUAAGCUCCGCUUUUUUCACUGCAUUUUCCUCACCGUCUUCCUCUGGGGAACGGUUUUGGAGAAGCUGCGGCUGUACAAGUUCCUGAGCCUUUUACGAAUCGUAACAGAUGGCAUCCCGCCUUUUGGGAAGGAUCCGGCGCUUCUCAUCCAGAACCAAAAAUUUGACGGCGUGACGGUACGGACGUAUCAGCCGAAAGCGGAGUCGGCCGUGAAAAGGAAAGGAUUCCUCUUCUUCCAUGGAGGCGCUGGGACGUACGGGAGCGUCGACUCCUACGAAAGAAUAUUGCGGCAUAUUUCCAGAGAAGCGGACACGGUGGUCGUGGCGGUGGAGUACGGGUUAGGACCGGAACACGCCUACCCCAACCAGUACGUUGAGUGCGAGAAGGCCACCGUCCACUUCAUGAAGCACGUGGCUGACUACAAUGUCGACGCCUCCCGGAUCAUAGUCUCCGGGGACAGCUGCGGAGCCAAUUUCGCCACCCGGAUUUGCCAGCUGCUGGUUUCCCGGAACGACCUCCCCCGGAUCCAUUCCCAGGUCUUGAUCUACCCGGGUCUCCAAGGCAUGGACUUCUACUUGCCGUCCUACCAGCAGAACAGCAAAGUGCCCAUCCUGUGGAGGGAGACGGUCAUCUACUUCUGUUGCCUUUACCUCAACAAGUGCACCUCGUUCAUUGACGACGUCCUGGAGAGCCGCCACGUCCCGGAGAGCGUCCUGCGGAAAUACCGGAAGUGGGUCAGCGCGGACUUGAUCCCCGAGGAAUUCAAAGCGAGGGGCUACCGGCCCCAAGACACCGGCUUGUACGAGUUCAAGCCCAAGGUCUACGAGGAGAUGAAAGCCGUCUUGGAAGAGAACUUCUCUCCGCUUUUCGCCCCGGACGAGACGAUCGCGAAGCUCCCACAGACGUAUAUCUUGACCUGCGAGUUCGACGUCCUCCGGGACGAUGGGUUGUUGUACAAGAGGCGGCUGGAGGACAACGGGGUCCCGGUGAAGUGGGUCCACGUGGAGAACGGCUUCCACGGCGUCGCCAUCCUCUUCGGAUAUGGGUUGUUAUCCUUCCCGUCCGCGGAACGGAUUGUGCGCGAGACCACAGAUUACAUCAAAGGACUAUGAAGAGAGGAAACGGAGACAGAAAUGAAGCCAACGCAAGAGCUGAACUGAUUCUUCAUCCACCUCAUCUUCUACUACGCCUUUGGUACCACGUUCCCUUAAACUCUAUUUCUAAACUUUGGUGGAAAGCACGAAAUUCAGCAUCAAGUACAGACGUGAACCUGAUUUUGGGGACUGAAUCAUCUCACUGGAAACUGAGGAAAGAUAUGGACGUCCAACCAAGUGAAAUCAUCUCUCAAAAAUGACUUUAGUUCCUUGAAGAGAUCAAUUCACAAGUGUAGUGGUGGUCAACAGCCAUGA